AUGUCUCGCGGCGGCACCACGCUUUACGUCACUGGCUUCGGCCACGGGACCCGCGCUCGCGACCUCGCCUACGAGUUCGAACGCUACGGUCGCCUCGUUCGCUGCGACAUUCCUGCGCCGCGCUCCGCGUCCAGUCGACUGUUCGCUUUCGUGGAGUAUGAGAGCCGCCGUGAUGCUGACGAUGCGUAUCACGAAAUGCACAACAAGCGCAUUGGUCGUGACGACUUGUUGAAGAUCGAGUGGGCUCGCACUCCACCAUCCGCUUCAUGGCGCUUUGACUCUGGCCGCGACCGCCCUCGUGGCGAGCGUGGUGAGCGUGGCGAGCGCAGCGAGCGUGGUGGCCGUGGUGGAGACCGCUCGCCGCGUAGUGAGCGUCCUCGUAGCCGCUCUCCUCGCCGUAGCCGUGGCGGUGAUUACUCUCCGCGCAAGGACGACCGUCGGGAGCGGGACUACGAUCGCCGUGAUCGAGACCGAUCCCGGAGCCCUGAAGGUGACCGCGACCGGGAGAUGAAGGAUGUGCGCGAUCGUGACGACGACCGUGAGCGCGAGCGGGACCGCGAUGCCGGCACCAAUGGCGAGGAGCGCAAGAGUGAGCACCCUGUCUCAGCAAAAGAAGACAACCUCCCUCUAAUCGACCACACAGACGAAUCGCCUCCUCCGGCAGCUCACGAAGACUUGGACGUGGCGGAGUAG